CCCCUCCAUCCCUCCCACAUCCCACGUCAGAAUGCAGCACCAAUUUGAGCCAUUGAAGAACGACCUCUUGCUGAGGGCCGCCCGCGGCGAAAAAGUUCAGCGCCCUCCGAUAUGGGUCAUGCGCCAGGCUGGUCGUUAUCUCCCCGAGUACCAUGAAGCCAAAGCCGGCCGCGACUUUUUCGAAUGCUGCCGUGACCCCGAAGUCGCCUCGACCUUGACCCUCCAGCCCAUUGACCGGUAUUCCGGACUCAUCGACGCCGCCAUCAUCUUCUCUGAUAUCCUUGUCAUUCCCCAGGCUAUGGGAAUGCAGGUCGAGAUGGUCGACAAAAAAGGCCCCCAUUUCCCGGAACCGCUGCAGUCGCCGGACGACGGACAAUACGAGAAGGUGAUGCAGAAGCAGGUGGAUGUCAAGUCGGAGCUUGACUAUGUCUACAAGGCUAUUACCCUCACUCGUCACAAGCUGAAGGGCCGUGUGCCGUUGAUCGGCUUCUGCGGUGCCCCGUGGACUCUGCUGUGCUACAUGGUUGAGGGCGGCGGCACGAAGCUGUUCGUUCAGUCGAAGAAGUGGAUCUACAAAUACCCCAAGGAGACCCAGGCUUUGCUGCAGAAGAUUGCCGAGAUAUGUGUGGAGUAUCUGGCUCUUCAGGUGGCGGCGGGUGCGCAGCUGGUGCAGGUCUUCGAUUCGUGGGCGGGUGAGCUGUCUCCGGCUGCCUUCAAGUCGUUCUCGCUUCCGUACCUGCGACACAUCUCGGCCAAUCUGCCGAAGAAGCUGAAGGAGAUGGGCUUGGAGCCUGUCCCCAUGACGGUCUUCGCCAAGGGCGCAUGGUUCGGGCUUGAGGAUCUCUGCGAGUCCGGCUACAAUGUUGUUGGUCUGGACUGGCUGCACGACCCGGCUGAGGCGAGACGGAUUGCCAACGGCCGUGUGACGAUCCAGGGCAAUGCUGACCCGGGUGUUCUCUACGGAGGCCGGGAGGCUAUUACGGAGGCCGUGGAGACUAUGGUUCGCGGAUUUGAGAAGGGCAAGCAGGGCUGGAUCGCCAACUUGGGCCACGGUGUGACUCCUUUUGUCAACCCGGAUGAUCUCAAGUUCUUCUUUGAGGAGAUCCACCGCCUGACGGUGUAAAGUGGUGCUCAGCAUGGCCGUUAUUGCUUGCGGUUUCUGAAUAUUCAUAGGAGGUCGGCACUCUGACUGGCAGUAUGCCCGAUCUUUGUAGCCAAAAUUUAUUCGGCAAUGUCCUCGUUCCUGCAGGUACAUCCUGGUCAGCUUGAGUUACGUUAAAAGCACACAUAUUUACUACGAUGCCAUGCAAACUCCAACGGAAUGAAUGAGUCAUACCAAAGCG